GCCCCUUUACCGGACAGUUUUGAGUGGGGGCCGGGGAGGGGGUCUGGAUAUGAACCAUAGAGAUAUAUACUUAAUAACCUAAUUAGUAUACAUCUCUAUGAUAUGAACUUAAAAACUUCAGCUUUAGCUGAGCUGAGUUGAGCUAGCGAGCAGCAGAUCGAAUCAUCAGGGCGCCGAGCGUGGUAGACCCCACGCGGCCCGGCCGCCGGGAGCCUGGCAGCGCCACGGUACGAUUUAAUACCGUAUCUAUAUCGUCGCUCAAUAUGAAGUGCUGCAUGCAUGUCUGUAAAACUCUGGGAAAAACGACACAGCCACUGAGGAAAUUAUCAGUAAUAUCAUGGACGAAAUUUCGGGAAAGCGCCGAAAGAUGGAAAAGAGCUCAAGGGGUAUAUUCUUGGACGGCUGAGAAGGUGUGGGAUGCUUUUAAUUUGGAUGAAAAUGAGGAUCUUAAGGAUGACAUCAGCGCACGAUUUGGCUUCCACCGGCAAUGCUAUCAGCGAUUUACUUGUAUAGCGAAAAUAGCACGUGCCGAAAGAAAGCUUGAAAAGCAGCUUCAACAACAGCAUUCCUCAUCGCUGACUCAAAGUAUAACGAGUGAUGAUACUUCAAAAAGCCAACGAAAAGAAAAUCUACAAUCGACUCCUGUUUCUGCAGUCCUAGUCCCACAAGAUAAUGCAGAACCACCAGCCAAACGUCUUCACAGAUCUCCAGUGACAAUAUCCUCUGAAGAAGAGAGGAAACACAUCAUUGAAGGGGAAUGUUGCAUCAUUUGUAAAUCAAACCGUUAUUAUCGGGAAUGGCAUUCUGGCAAGAGACUAAGAGAGCGUCUUUCCACCUGCCAGACACCAAAUGCUAGAAGUUUGUUAGAGAAGGCAGCAAGAGGGACUGGUAACCAAACAUUACUCCUAGAACUCCAAGAAAGGGAUGUGAAUACAUCAAAACUCCUUUACCAUUCCAGCUGUUACUCUAAAACAACCAGAAAGUUUACCAAGUCUUACAUCCCAAACGAAAACCCAACCGAGCCAGGAUAUCGAAGGAGUUUCGAACAAUUUUGUAAAGAUGUCAUUGAUACCAAGGUAAUUAAAAAUAAAGAAGUUUUGAAUAUGAAAACGUUACUGCAGAUGUUCAUCAAAUGUGUAAAAGACGUACAGAAGUUAGAUGCUUCAUCUUACAGAGUUUUCAGUCUAAAGAAGAGAUUGCAGAAGACCUACCCACAACUCCAGUUUGUACAACCCCCUUCUCGAAGAAAGAGCCAACUGGUGAUGGUAAGGGGCGUUCAAUGUCCCGACACAAGAGAUUCCCUUCAACCACCAGAUAGAUUUGCGGUAACAUCACAUGACCUUGAUAGUGAUCUUCAAAGCGAUGUAAGCACUGGUAAUGAUGAAAGAUUGCAGGAAAAGUCAUCAUCUCAAGAGAUUCAAGAUACCUACAAGUAUGUCAUAGCCAGAAGUCUGAGAGAUGAGUGCCUAGCAUGUAAGUCAUCUCCCACAUGGCUACCUCAGAAAAAUGAUUUGUCUCUUGAUGCGAGCACCAAGGAGUUGAUACCUACUAAGCUGUUUAACUUUCUUGCUGUGCUGGUUGGCGCCUCUGAUGAACCAGUGGAAGACGGGAAAAUAAAUGUCCCAGACAUUGAUGAGAGACGCAUUGUGCCUUUAGCACAAGAUAUUAUGCAUGCUGUAAGAAACAGGUUCCCAAAACACUGACCAUGACAGUCCAGCUGCACUUCAGCACACUAAAGGCUUUGCUAAACAAUCUGCUUAAUGUAUUUGGACAUUGAAUGUGCAGUGAUAUGCAUUUGUACUUCCCUAGAUUAUGACACCUUAAAAGCAGAGACAAAUUACAAGGGCAUCAGCCAUUCCUCAGCAUAGGACAAUUUACUUUGGGAAUGAAAUCCUGUCAGGAAUAAGAGCUAAUGGCAUCAUUGUGUAUGAUGUCAGUUAAAUGAAUUGAAAUCAUUUGUAUCUUAGGACGAAACAUUGAAAUUACUGAACUUUGAAUUAUAAAAUCAGAAAGUUGGGAAAAGGAGCCUAAAGAGUAACAAAAAAAUCAUACCAACAUCGGAGUACUUUAAGUUGUAAAAUGUUAUUGUUAAUGACAUAAUGAUAGGAUAUGUUUACUUGUACGGUGUCUCAUUUCCUGUUUUUCUUUUAUUUGACACAAUGGUAAUUAAUUGGGGCUAUUUUGCAACUCAUGAUAAUAUAUAUAUUUUACAUUUCAAGGUCUAAAUUGCCAGAACCCACAUGUAUUUUUUUUCCUAGAGGGGGUGGCAUUGACAAUAUUGUCAUUUCUAAGGGGGAAAAACUGCAGUGGUAUCCAAGGGAAUAUGUGUGGGUAGUUGAACUCUAUUAUGAAGAAAUUUGAUACCAUGUAAAAUUAUCAAUUCCAAAAUUACUUCUGAGCAAAGAUUAAGAAUCUAAUCAAAGAUGGAAGCAUAAACAUUUUUAUGAUAGAUGAAUUUAGAUGUGACUGAUUUGAUAGAAAUGCAGCUGUCAAUUGUGCUUCAAUUUCAAUAAAAGAAUGAUUUCCAUGGUACAGUACAAUUUUGUUUUAUCAUGCUUGCAUGCAUGCUCUCCAGAGGAGUCUUUCACGCAUGAAAAAGGAUUUUUUUCUGACAGUUAACCGUACAUGUAGUUACUGUUUGACACGGGGUACUUCUCAACAAUUCCAAAUCAAGGAAAUUUGGCUCAUGCUGCAACUUGUCAGACAGGAGGUGUUGAUGAAAUGCUCUCAUUUGGUACAAUCCUUUUUUUUUUCAUUUCAUCUAAAUCUUCAUGCCUUCAGAUAUUGUUUCUUACUUUGCUUUUCUGUAAAGUUUUUUUUUCCCUUUCUCUUAUUCUCUUAUAUAUCAUUUUUAUACUGAUUUGUAUUCACCUCAUGUUGUUUUUUGCUGUGUCUUUAUCCCUGAAGAAGAGGGAGGUCCCCAAAAGACCAGA